ACCGCUCCGGGCAAGAGAGAAGACUUCGGCGGCGCCGUUCCUGGUGUCUCUGAAUGUGUUGCGUAAAGGGAAGAGAAAGCAAGGAGUAACGAUGCUGGUGUUUCGAGCCGCGCGGUUGCGGGCUCUGCGAGGGCUGGUGGUCUUCCAAACAAGGCAGCAGCUUUCGGGGCUUGCCGGUGCACAAGGCAAAAGUAACAUUGAUGAAUCUUCUCUUCGGCCAUUGUACAUGGAUGCCCAAGCAACUACUCCUAUGGACCCCAGGGUGCUGGACAGCAUGUUGCCUUACCUUGUGCAUUACUAUGGGAACCCACAUUCUAGAACUCAUGCUUAUGGCUGGGAGAGUGAAUCUGCCAUGGAAAAAGCUAGACAGCAAGUUGCAUCACUAAUAGGAGCAGAUCCAAGAGAAAUUGUUUUUACCAGUGGAGCAACAGAGUCAAACAAUAUAGCAAUAAAAGGUGUUGCAAGAUUCUAUAAAUCCAGAAAGAAACAUAUAAUUACGACACAAACUGAGCACAAGUGUGUGUUGGAUUCUUGUCGAGCCCUAGAAGCUGAGGGCUUUCGAGUAACAUACUUGCCUGUAAAGAAAAAUGGGAUUAUAGAUUUACAGGAACUAAAAGAUGCAAUACAGCCAGACACAAGCUUGGUUUCUGUAAUGACUGUGAAUAAUGAAAUAGGAGUAAUACAGCCAGUUGAAGACAUUGGUCAGAUCUGCAGUUCUCAUAAAAUUUUCUUUCAUACGGAUGCUGCACAGGCAGUUGGAAAAAUUCCUCUAGAUGUCAAUGAGAUGAAAAUUGAUUUAAUGAGCAUCAGUGGCCAUAAAAUAUAUGGCCCCAAAGGGAUCGGUGCAAUCUAUGUUCGGCGGCGACCACGAGUGAGAAUAGAACCUGUACAGAGUGGAGGAGGCCAAGAACGUGGAUUACGUUCUGGGACUGUACCAACUCCUUUAGUAGUUGGUUUUGGGGCAGCUUGUGAAUUAGCACAACAAGAGAUGGAGUAUGACCAUAAGCAAGUUAGCUUAUUGGCUGAAAGACUAGUUACAAAAAUAAUGUCAGAAAUUCCUGAUGUGGUAAUGAAUGGCGAUCCAAAGCAUCGAUAUCCAGGCUGCAUCAAUUUGUCUUUUGCAUAUGUGGAAGGAGAAAGCCUACUGAUGGCUCUUAAAGAUGUGGCACUCUCUUCUGGAAGUGCUUGCACAUCUGCAUCACUCGAACCAUCAUAUGUAUUACGUGCAAUUGGAACAGAUGAAGACUUGGCUCACUCAUCUAUAAGAUUUGGGAUUGGUCGUUUUACUACUGAAGAAGAAGUAGACUACACAGUAAAUAAAUGCAUAUACCAUGUCAAGAGAUUAAGGGAAAUGAGCCCACUGUGGGAAAUGGUACAGGAUGGGAUUGAUUUGAAGAGCAUUAAAUGGACACAGCAUUAAGCAAAGGAGAUAACAUGUCAUCAUGAGUUGUAUGGAUGUGAAUUCAGUGGACAUGUUCUCUACCUUCAUAAGGAAUACCAUGUGGCACUUGUUUUAAGUUGCUCUCUGAAACUAGACAGUUGCCUUUUCUAAAGAGACCUGAAAACUAAAUCUUGAGUGAUGUUUAGCCAGGUAUAUGUUAAGCUCACACAUAAUACAUGGAUAUUUGUUUCUUAGAGCCAAGAAAGUUACAACACGUUAAUUGUGGAUGUGGUACUGGUACAGCUUAGUAUGACAACUCUUUAGUAACGCUUUUACAGUAUUGUGAGCAAAAAUAUGUCUCAAUAGGCUGCUUUGUAUCUGUUUUACCAGCAUUCGUCCCAUAGCAAAAUUUGCAACUGGAUACAUUAUAUACUCAAAAGUUAACUUCUCACAGAAGGCAGUUUUCCAUCUAAGAUCCCCAUGUCUUAUUUUUUAUCAU